AAGUUGUCGUCUUGAGCUCGUUCUUCUUCUUGGGGGGUGUUGUACGCUAUCUUCAUCAACUCCAUCUUCUCAAUUGUUACUGCAAACAAAAACCCUACUGCAGCUCAAUCUCAAAACUCUCUACGAUAAUGGAUAUUGAAGAGGAAAUCCGUGCCCUGCAGCUUGAUUCGUCAGAGGACAAUAAUCUGGUGUCUAAUGGAGAAGAUAUGGAAGCUGAAGAAGCUGGAAAAUCAGCUACGAUUGAGGAAGAAGAUAUGGAGGUUGAAACAAAUACGAAUUCUCACCCUGUUGUGGAGGAAAUAGAGCAUGUUGUAGAGAAAGAAAUCCCUGUUCCUGAGGAGCCCAUUGUUGAAAAAGAAGAUAACACCAAGAGACAUUUGAAUGUAGUAUUUAUUGGACAUGUUGAUGCUGGAAAGUCUACUACUGGAGGACAGAUUCUCUUUCUUAGUGGUCAGGUUGAUGAACGAACUAUUCAGAAAUAUGAAAAAGAAGCAAAGGAUAAAAGUAGAGAAAGUUGGUAUAUGGCAUACAUCAUGGACACUAAUGAAGAGGAGAGGGUUAAGGGGAAAACAGUUGAAGUAGGAAGAGCUCACUUUGAAACAGAGACAAGCAGGUUCACAAUCUUGGAUGCACCAGGACAUAAAAGUUAUGUACCAAAUAUGAUCAGUGGAGCAUCUCAAGCAGAUGUAGGCGUAUUGGUGAUAUCUGCCCGGAAAGGGGAGUUUGAGACUGGAUAUGAAAGGGGAGGACAAACGCGUGAACACGUUCAACUUGCAAAGACCUUGGGUGUCUCAAAGUUGGUGGUUGUCAUAAACAAGAUGGAUGAUCAUACUGUUACUUGGUCAAAAGAGAGAUAUGAUGAAAUUGAAUCCAAGAUGACCCCGUUUCUGCGAGCUUCUGGUUAUAAUGUCAAGAAAGAUGUUCAGUUCCUUCCCAUAUCUGGACUUGUUGGUGCAAAUAUGAAAACAAGAGUAGACAAAAAAGUAUGCCCUUGGUGGAAUGGACCUUGCCUCUUUGAAGUCCUUGAUGCUAUUGAAAUUCCUCUUCGUGAUCCCAAAGGUCCAUUUAGAAUGCCUCUGAUUGACAAAUUCAAAGAUAUGGGAACUGUUGUGAUGGGAAAAGUAGAAUCCGGUAGUAUUCGUGAGGGCGAUAACUUGAUAGUCAUGCCAAAUAAGGCUCCAGUUAAAGUUGUCGCAGUAUACUGUGAUGAGGACAAAGUUAGGCGUGCUGGCCCUGGUGAGAAUUUACGUGUUAGAUUAUCUGGCGUUGAAGAGGAGGAUAUUUCAGCUGGUUUUGUGCUCUGCAGUGUUGACAGGCCAAUCCACGUGUUUCCUGAAUUUAUCGCUCAAUUGCAGAUUCUGGAGUUGCUGGAUAAUGCAAUCUUUACUGCUGGAUACAAAGCUGUGUUGCACAUUCAUGCUAUUGUGGAGGAAUGUGAGAUCGUUGAGCUAAUGCAACAGAUUGACCCCAAGACUAAAAAGCCUAUGAAAAAGAAAGUUCUCUUUGUGAAAAACGGCGCUGUUGUUGUUUGUCGCAUACAGGUCAGUAACUCAGUAUGUAUCGAGAAGUUUGCUGAUUUUCCCCAGCUGGGAAGGUUCACUCUUCGUACUGAAGGGAAAACAGUUGCUGUAGGUAAAGUAACAGGCUUUUAAACCAUGAAACAAUUUUUUUUGGAACAGGCUGAGUAGAGUCAAUAUUCCUCAAUUUCAUUAUUGCGGAACAUGAUGUUACUGAAGGGUUUUUUUACUUGAAUGGAAUGAAACACUCACCCAAUGAGUAUAAAAAGCUUUAAAAAUACACAUCUUCUGAGUUGCAGUUGUUUAUUGUGCCUUGAGAUUGCCCAUGAAUUUUGGAUAAACCAGUUUUCUAAUUUCGUACUGUGAUCUAUUUAUAUGACAUUAUUACAAGUGUGUUGACAUUACAAUUUAGUAUUUAUAUGGUUGUGAUUA